AUGGAGUGCGGACCAAUGGUAGAGGAUGGUUCACUUCGUGUCGAUGGCACCGAAUUAAACAAGGUGAACUGUUUCAAGUACCUUGGAUCCAAAGUGACUUUCACAGGCGACAUUGAUCAAGAAGGUCGAGCACGUGUUAAUGCGGCAUGGAUGAAAUGGAAAAUGGCGACAGGCGUACUGUGCGACAAGAAAGUCCCUGUUCGACUGAAGUCGAAGAUCUAUAGUACGGUUGUGCGUCCUGUUACCCUUUACGGAUGCGAGUGCUGGCCGACGACGAAAUUCUUGGAAAGAGUGUUGCACGCUAUGGAGAUGCGGAUGUUGAGGUGGAUGGUGAUGGUGAUGGUGGACGAUACGUGUAACGCUAAAAGAGAAAGUAUCUAA